AUGAGCGUGCGCAAGGCGCAUAACUCCGGCCGCAACCACCUCCGCAACGUGGUGGAAUACUAUCAGCAGAUCGGUCAAGAGAAGGCCCAAUCAGUCAUCGACUCCAUCACUUCCUCCUACGCCGCAGAGGGCAAGGCCGUCCCCAAUCCCGCCAUGGUCCCUCCCGGCGCAUUCCCGCCUCCAUUCGGCUUCCCAGGAGGUCCAGGCCAAGUCCCCCCUCUCCCAUUCGGUAUCCCACCCCCCGGAGCCCCAGGCGCCCCAGGAAUGCCGCCUCUCCUCCCCGGCGGCCGCGGCAUGCCAUUCCCCCCAUUCCCGCCCAACGCCUCCGGCACCCCUCCCCAAGGCGGUUUCCCUCCACCACUGCCAAACAUGCCCAACAUGCCCCCCGGCGCGGGCAACCUGCCUCCACCCCCGCCAGGCGGAUUCCCGAAUUUCCCUAUCCCCCCGCCCGGUGCUGCGGGUGGAUUCCCACCGCCGAUGCCGAUGCACCAUGGUGCGUCGGAUUCGCAUUCGCAGAUUCCGAGUGGACCGCGAGGAUCGGACGCUUAUCCACCUCCUCCCGGUGGAGGACCGCCUCCUGGUCGGGGAGAUCGGUGGUGA